AUGGUCAAGGGCCUUCCUACUCUUGUCCAAGAAUACUCAAAAGCAUCCACUGGACUUUGUAAAGUAACAACACUGCCUAACGGUAUUCGCGUUGCCUCAGAAAACACACCCGGCCAUUUUAGCGCAGUCGGUGUUUACGUCGACGCUGGUAGUCGUUACGAAACUGCUGCUACACGAGGUGUGAGCCAUAUUUUAGAUAGAUUGGCUUUCAAGAGCACUGCCAAUCGUUCAGCCGACCAGGUUGUUGCAGAAUUAGAGUCUUUGGGCGGCAACAUUAUGUGUUCUUCUUCUCGUGAAUCUAUCAUGUAUCAAUCAGCUAUUUUCUCUCAAGAUUUAAGCAGAGUUUUAUCGCUUUUCUCGGAUGUUGUUUGCCAUCCUACUAUCAAUGACGCGGAAGUAGAUGAACAGCGUCAGACAGCAUUGUAUGAAAUUGAUGAAAUUUGGUCAAAGCCAGAAAUGAUUUUGCCUGAAAUUCUACACACCGUUGCCUAUGAAGGCAAUACACUAGGUAACCCUUUGCUCUGUCCUCCUGAAAGCCUUGAAGAGAUGACACCUGAAUUAAUUCGGAACUACAUGAAGACCUGGUACAGACCUGAACGUAUGGUGAUUGCUGCUUGCGGUGCUGAGCAUGACCAAGUUGUUGAUUUAGCACUCAAGUACUUUGGUAAUGUUCCCCCAUCGAUAGAUAGUUUAGAUUCUGUCAUGACACAUAGAGAAGCCUUGAAGAAACAAAGCCAACAAGCAGAAAAAACUCAACAAGCAAGCAACAAGUCAUUUGUCAAGUCACUUUUCCAUACCAAAAAACAUCAACAAGAAGGUUUGACACCUUUGGAGAUUGCCACGCAACCUGCACAUUACACAGGUGGUAACAGCUUUUUGGAGACCGGCCCUGAGUCACCAUUGACACAUGUCUAUGUUGCAUUUGAGGGCCUUUCCAUUGAUGAUCCUGAUAUUUAUGCGCUUACCACGCUUCAAAUCUUGCUUGGAGGUGGUGGCUCCUUCUCUGCUGGUGGUCCUGGCAAGGGCAUGUAUUCUCGUCUCUUUACCAAUGUUUUGAAUCAACAUUAUUGGGUCGAAUCUUGUCAAGCAUUUAACCAUUGUUACACUGAUUCUGGUCUCUUUGGUAUUGCUGGUUCUUGCCAACCCGAAUAUGCCAAUGCAUUGGUAGAGGUCAUCUGCCGUGAAUUAGAUAUUGUUGCUAGAGGUGAUGUUGGUCGUCUUUCUGUUACUGAUAUUGAACUUAACCGUGCCAAGAAUCAACUCAAGAGUUCUUUGUUGAUGAACCUCGAAAGUCGUAUGGUCCAGUUAGAAGAUCUUGGUAGACAGAUCCAAGUCCAUGGUAAAAAGACAGGUAUUGACGAAAUGUUGGCCAAUAUUGACAAGGUGGAUGUUACCGAAUUAAGACGAGUUGCAAGCCGUGUUGUCCGUGGUGCCGUCAGUGUAACCAGUGGUGGCAGUGGUAAAGCUACUGUUGUUGUUCAGGGUAACCUGCAAGGUUUACGUGAUGUGAACAAGAUUGUUGACAAAUAUGGUCUUGGCAGUGGAAAAUAA